AACGCACACGUACGCGCACGUCUAUUCUUUCAUUGCAAAACACGUGUGAUCAAUCUGAAAGUUACCCAGGCCCUGGAAAGAGAAAGAAGACGACUCGAACGUUACUGAUCACUGAAAAAACACACACACAAUGGCUGCUGUUUUCAGGAGAUUCAAGCCUUUGUUUGACCGCAUUCUUGUGGAAAGAGUUGUCCCUGAGACGAGGACGAAGGGAGGUAUCAUGAUUCCAGAGAAGGCACAACAGAAGGUCAAUCAAGCUACAGUUGUUGCAGUAGGAGCAGGAUCAAGGGACUCGUCGGGUUCAGUGCACAAAGUGGCAGUAGAUGUUGGAGAUAAAGUUCUUCUCCCAGAAUUUGGAGGAACCAAAGUUGCAUUUGAAGAGAAGGAAUAUUUCAUCUUCAGGGAAGGCGAUAUACUGGGAGUUCUGAAUGAGGAAAAGUGAAGAAGAUGAAGAAGGAUAAAAUCCAAAUAUAUAUGCGACCACAGCUAGAGUACUGUUGAAUAAACUCUCAUGUUUGUUUGACACAUUUAUGAAGUUGGUGUCCCUGUAAAUAUGAAGAUGAAUUAUUGCCCAGAUGAUGUCGUUUUUCUACAAUUUGUUUUCAUAUUAUCAUAUUAUUAUUUGAAAUGUCAUGGUGUUGGACCUGAUCACAAUGAAAAGUUUCAUUAUUACUGUAAUUAUUUACAAAAUUCUUGGACAUGUAGUGUACAUAAUAUAAACCACUGUCUUGCAAACGGCUAAAUUUAUGUUUUGUAUCUUCUGAAAAGUGUUAUAAAUAAACUAGCUGGCUUUUUCUUUACAAUUCACAAAAGAAUCCAGAUUUUUUAUCAAAAUGGCAAAGCCUGAUUACCUUAGCAUAUUGCAAUAUCUUAUGUAGGUAAUCAUUUCUUUAUAAAGCAUUGUUCUGUAAGGUGAAAAGUUAUCUUGAUAAUUUGUAUCCUGGUGUAUUCAUUUGGAAAGGAAAAGAAUAUGAAAGAAAGCAAAUGUUUGGUACCGGAUAGUUAUGUUGUGUUGGUUUGGUGCUUUAUAUUAUAUACAAGUAGUACCGACAACUGUAUUCCCAUCAUCAUUUAUUGUGGUUUAUGUCUAGAAUAUAAUCUUCCAACCUUGUGUGUAUCUCAAGGCUGAUGCAUUGAUGAGAACAGUGUUAAAAUGUACAGCUUUGUGGUACUGAAAUGUUCAAGUUCUCUGUAUGUAAAGUUAUCACAUGAUCAUGAUGAUUAAACUGAAUUUUGAAUUGUA